CCCAAUUUCAAGUCAAAAGGACCACCUUUGUCUUUUUUUUACAGGUAGCCACCUCAUAGGGAUACGACGAGCAAAGUAGCAAAGAACUAUGAAUAGCUGCUAGUCGAACUCUCUUCCAGCAAACAAAUGAAUACAAUGAUCACAUGAUGUCCAUCUCGAGUCCGUUUGCAGCGUACCAUCAAACAGGACGGACGACAACCAGUAUAGUGCCAGUAUAUAAGUCGUCACACUUGAACACGACACUAUGACUUUCAAACUAUGCAUACAUUAAUCACUGCCACAGAGCAAUCGGACAAGGAGACUGUCAAAAGUAGCGCAUAUGAAAGAUGUAAAUCGCUUCUGAGAAACACUAGCUUCAUUCGUUGCAACAUCCAAGAUGGAAGAGAUUAUGGAGCAACACUCCGAUACACACAGCGACGAAGACUCUCAGUCUUUGUAUGAAGGAGAAAUGACUCCUUCACCUGGUCUCGAUUCGACAGAAACGGAUACUCCUGUCUAUUUCAGCGGGUAUACAGAGUGCAGAGUCAGAAGGAGUUCAUCACUAUACUCUCAACCACCAGGUGGCUGGGGAUCAGACGAUACACCCAUAAAUCUCAAACAACCUUUGAAGAGUCCAGAAGCACGUGCACGCGAAGCAUAUAAUCCUAACCCCUCACCACGAUUAUUGCCUCGACCUCCGCCAAGUACUCCUGCGUUGUCCCGCUCUUCUCUCUCGUCUACAGGCUCUAGGAUAUCUUGUGGAUUGGAGCACUUCGAGACAGCGCCACAAGAUUCUUCGAGUAUUAGCCGUUGUGAAGGUGCACCAUCGAUGAAAACGUAUCAUUUCGUGACGGAGAUAAUUGCGUCGGGGGCAGUUCCCUGGAGCUUCUAUUGGCAUACCCCUGGAAACGUGCAGCAUUUUGGGGCGAGACAUGAUGAAGAAAUGGACGCUGCGGGUGCCAACGGUGUAGAUCUAAAGGCCUUCCUAGAUUUGCUGAGGCGAAUGCUGGUUAAUGUUGCCCAAGAUUCCGCAGCAAACGAGGCUGAAGACGAGAUGGCAAGUGAGAGUGAGCAACAUCGUGACGGCGAUCCUGCUAUUUGAGUGCAGAGGCAGCAGGGUGUGUUACUUGCAAAUGACAUAGUGUUCUUCGAGCCCGGUCGUAAUCUUUGCAUAUCUGGAGCGUUCGAAGUGGUGCCGUGAGGGCGAUAUUAUGUCU